AUGGCAAAGAAGCCCGUUGUCGGGAGGUAUUCUCUGCUAUCGGAAGUACAGCUUCGCGUAGAGAGCACAGGUGCCCUCGUGGAUGAUGCUGCGCGGAUCGAUGCCAUGCAGGACGCGACCGUCGGUCGCCUAGCUGGAAGAUUGUCGGCUCGUCGGCAAGCAAGGACCACCGUCUCGAGAGGCCACGGACGGCGGUGCGAUUUGAUGACGGCGGGGAGGAGGGCCAAGACGGGGUGGGGGAGCGUGGCAGUCGCGAGGCUCGAUCCAGGAAUUCGCACGUCGGCGUCAGAGCGGACGCCGGAUGUGCCGUCGACGCGUCUUCACGCCUCGCUUGGUCGUGACUGCGCAGGUGCCGUCUCGACCGUCUCGAUCGUGGGAUCCGAAAAGCGGCCCAGCGCACAUGCGCGGCUGCACCGCCCGCAUUGCAUUGGGCACAUGGGUUGUGUUGGGCUCGGCUACGGACGUGCCACGGUAAAUUCCGCACCAAGUUGGCUGCACCCCAGCAACGACCAGCAGUGGGUCGACGUCAGCGAUCCAAGCUGGAAAAACAUUGGCCGGUGCUCUCAUGCCUGGCAUGUGCUAGCCCCCGUCAUCGGUAGCCUAGACGCUUUGGCGAAUGCUUAUGCCAGCCACCUGGAUGAGAUUUUAGCUUGGCCAACAGAGGUGGCCGACUGCCAUCUUGGCACGCAGGUCAACGAUGGCCAGCACGCGGGAAGAACGUUGGGGAGCUGCCAGGCGAACGAAGCGUCGAUUGCCACCCUCGCACGCCGCACACGUCAACGUGGCCCGCUCGCGAUCGUCUCUGCGCGCUUCCACGCCACACCCAUCCCAAAGCACGCUUCAGAGUCCGAGUUCUCGCUCCCCCUCCCCUUCCCCCUUCCCCCGCUCCGUACGCUUCAUCCUUCCGCCCUCCUUUCCGUGCGCCACACCUUCCACGGCAUCGGAACGUCGCCGCAUCGGAACCUCGCCGUUGCAUCGGCAUCCAGCCAGAGCUUACCGAAGCUUCAAGCUUCAUUCACGCGCCCCUGGGCAAGCCACUUCGGUGUCAACUCCGAUCCUGACGCAUCCUCAGGCACCGGUCUCGACCCUUCGCAUUCGAGCUCUUUCAAGCUCUCGACACCGAGCCGAAGCAGAUCAAGACGCCGGCUGCGCAAAACUUCCAUCGCUGCCACUGGCCUCCACCUUCUCCUCCUCCUCGGUGGCUCCACCGCACCGGCCUUCAACAGCCAAUCCGAUAAAAAGACCCAAGUUUCGGGGGCCUUGCGACGUCUCUGUCCACUACGCAUCACCUUGUCGCCCGUUCUUCUGUCCGGUCGUGAUCAUCCUUUUGAUCGCACAUCAGAGCUACCAUCUUGA